GGACGGGCGUGCGCGGGGGGCGCGGGGCGCGGGGCGCGGGCCUCGGCGGCGGCGGCGGCGGCGGCAGCCUGGUCCCCCCGCCCGCCCUGUCCUCUUGACGAGGCGGAGGCAUCACCCCGGCCGGGCCUCGGACGGGCGCGGCGCGAGCGGCGCGGGGGGCGGCGGGGCGCGGCGGGGGCGCGGAGCAGCGCAGCCCUCCGGGGGCGCCGCCGGCCGGGUCAGCGCGGACGGCGCUCGGCGGACGCGGACGCACGGCUGGCCGGCCCCUCCCUGCCCGCGCCCGGGCGCCCACUCGCCGGCGCGGGGCCCGGGAGCGAUGACAUCGACGGGGAAGGACGGCGGCGGGGCGCAGCACGCGCAGUAUGUGGGGCCCUACCGGCUGGAGAAGACGCUGGGCAAGGGGCAGACAGGCCUCGUGAAGCUGGGGAUUCACUGCGUCACCUGCCAGAAGGUCGCUAUCAAAAUUGUCAACCGCGAGAAGCUGAGCGAGUCCGUGCUGAUGAAGGUGGAGCGCGAGAUCGCCAUCCUGAAGCUCAUCGAGCACCCGCACGUCCUGAAGCUGCACGACGUCUAUGAGAACAAAAAAUAUUUAUACCUGGUGCUAGAACACGUGUCCGGGGGGGAGCUGUUCGACUACCUGGUGAAGAAGGGGAGGCUGACCCCCAAGGAGGCCCGCAAGUUCUUCCGGCAGAUCAUCUCUGCGCUGGACUUCUGCCACAGUCACUCAAUAUGUCACAGGGACCUGAAGCCAGAAAACCUGCUGCUGGACGAGAAGAACAACAUCCGGAUCGCAGACUUCGGCAUGGCGUCCCUGCAGGUUGGAGACAGCCUGCUGGAGACCAGCUGUGGAUCCCCCCACUAUGCCUGCCCAGAAGUGAUCCGGGGGGAGAAGUACGACGGCCGCAAGGCGGACGUGUGGAGCUGCGGCGUGAUCCUCUUCGCCCUGCUGGUGGGGGCGCUGCCCUUCGACGACGACAACCUGCGGCAGCUGCUGGAGAAGGUCAAGCGCGGGGUGUUCCACAUGCCGCACUUCAUCCCGCCCGACUGCCAGAGCCUGCUGCGCGGCAUGAUCGAGGUGGACGCGGCGCGGCGCCUCACGCUAGAGCACAUUCAGAAACACAUUUGGUAUAUAGGAGGCAAGAAUGAGCCGGAGCCAGAGCAGCCCAUCCCCCGCAAGGUGCAGAUCCGCUCGCUGCCCAGCCUGGAGGACAUCGACCCCGACGUGCUGGACAGCAUGCACUCGCUGGGCUGCUUCCGAGACCGCAACAAGCUGCUGCAGGACCUGCUGUCUGAGGAGGAGAACCAGGAAAAGAUGAUUUAUUUCCUUCUCCUGGACCGGAAAGAAAGGUACCCCAGCCAUGAGGACGAGGACCUGCCCCCCAGGAAUGAGAUAGACCCUCCCCGGAAGCGUGUGGACUCCCCAAUGCUGAAUCGGCACGGCAAGCGGCGGCCAGAGCGCAAGUCCAUGGAGGUGCUCAGCGUGACGGACGGCGGCUCCCCGGUGCCGGCACGUCGAGCCAUCGAGAUGGCCCAGCACGGCCAGAGUAAAGCAAUGUUCAGUAAAAGCCUGGAUAUCGCUGAAGCCCAUCCCCAAUUCAGCAAAGAAGACAGGUCUCGGUCCAUCAGCGGUGCCUCCUCAGGUCUUUCCACAAGUCCACUCAGCAGUCCCCGGGUGACCCCUCACCCCUCGCCGAGGGGCAGUCCCCUCCCUACCCCCAAGGGGACGCCCGUCCACACGCCAAAGGAGAGCCCGGCCGGCACACCCAACCCCACGCCGCCGUCCAGCCCCAGCGUUGGAGGGGUGCCCUGGCGGACGCGGCUCAACUCCAUCAAGAAUAGCUUCCUGGGCUCACCCCGCUUCCACCGCCGGAAACUGCAAGUUCCGACGCCUGAGGAGAUGUCCAACCUGACCCCGGAGUCCUCCCCAGAGCUGGCCAAGAAGUCCUGGUUUGGGAACUUCAUCAACCUGGAGAAGGAGGAGCAGAUCUUCCUGGUCAUCAAGGACAAGCCCCUGAGCUCCAUCAAGGCCGACAUUGUGCACGCCUUCUUAUCGAUCCCCAGCCUCAGCCACAGCGUCAUCUCGCAGACCAGCUUCCGGGCUGAAUACAAGGCGACGGGGGGCCCAGCCGUGUUCCAGAAGCCGGUCAAGUUCCAGGUGGACAUCACCUACACAGAGGGUGGUGAGGCCCAGAAGGAGAACGGCAUCUACUCUGUCACCUUCACCCUGCUCUCAGGUCCCAGCCGCCGCUUCAAGAGGGUGGUGGAGACCAUCCAGGCCCAGCUGCUGAGUACCCAUGACCAGCCGUCUGCCCAGCACCUGUCAGACACCACUAACUGUAUGGAAAUGAUGACGGGGCAGCUUUCCAAAUGUGGCAGCCCAUUGAGUAACUUCUUUGACGUAAUUAAACAACUUUUUUCAGACGAGAAGAACGGGCAGGCGGCCCAGGCCCCCAGCACGCCCGCCAAGCGGAGUGCCCACGGCCCCCUCGGCGACUCCGAGGCCGCUGGCCCUGGAGGGGACGCCGAGCACCCGAUGGGCAAGGACACGGCCGGGAUGGGGCCGCCCGCCGCCCGCCGCGAGCAGCCUUAGACACUAGUCCCUCCCCAGCACAGCGCUGGCCGCGCCCACCGCCAGCGCCCAGUGUGGACCCGGCCACGCGGCCGCCCCGACGUUGCCUCCGAGCCUGGGAGCAAAGGAGAGCGCGGCCGCGGCGCGGGGGCGCCGCUCGCUCUCUUUUCUCUCGCGGUCUUUGUCCCUGCCUGUCUCUGACGACGUCGCUUGUUUCCGCUCUGAUACCAGGAAUUAUCCCGAAAAGCUAACAUGCCACCUCCAGGAGGCCACCCUCUGCUCCGCGCGGACACGGGCUGACCGAAGGCAGCUGCUGCGGACCGCCCUCCCUCCUCCUGCUGCUGCCGGGCGGGCGGCGAGGCCAGCCCACGUCCACCGCCCUGGCCCCCGCGCAGCCCCGCAGGGCCCGCGGGAGGAGGGCCCGGCUCCGGGAUGCCUCCUCCAGCCCAGCAGACCCGCGGCAGGGACAGCCUGCCAGGCCGCCUCUGGGGCGUGGCGUGGCGUGGCAGGCGAAGCCGCACCUGGAGGCCUCCCGGCAGCCUCCUGUCCUCCGCACCUUGGCCUCACCAGGGCCACCUCCUGUCUCGUCUGCAUCCAUUUCUGCACCGCCUCACUGGGGGCAGUGGGCGCGCCUGGCUUUGAAGGUCCUCCCUGGCUGAGUGGAACAGACCCUGCGGGCACCGGAGCUGCCAGGGCUGGCCAGGCUGUGGGUGCUGGGCUGAGACCAGUAUUAUUUAUUUGCUAUUUUAAUUUAUUGAGUUUCUUUAUUUCUCUGUUCUCUGUUCAGGGAAGGGGUGGCGGCAAGCCCUCCUGCCGUCUGUCCGUCCGUCUGUCUGUCUGUCUCGGGCAGGGUGGGUCAGGAGCCAAGGUGCCCUCGGAGGACACAGCCGUCGGGGGCCGGGGGCAGUGGGGCUGGCUGGUAGAUGCGCGCUGGCAAGCUACUGUAAACUUUAAAGAAUUCCUGCAAGAUAUUUUUAUAAACUUUUUUUUCUUGGUUGUUUUUGGAAAAGGGUGAGGGGGUGGGGGGAGCCCUGGGGCAGGGCUGAGGUCCUGUGUUUUGGUUCUUUGCUCUUGGUUAUUUCUAUAUACAUAUACAUAUAUAUAUAUUUAAAGAACAGCGGGUUAGCUCUGCCCCAGGUUUUAUUGCUGCCUAGAAGCAGCUCCAGCUCCUUUGGGGGGCUUGGGGCCAGGUGGGGUCUUGAGCAGGGCCGCUGAGACCGCCCCCUGCUCCUCUGGCCAGGCCAGGCUGGAUGACCUUGGGUUUGUGUCUGAGAGUGAAGGGGUAGAAAAGAGGGCCCUGGGCUGGCACCCCCCUGACACAUGGGAUGGCAGGCCCACCUCGGGGCUCUUUUUAUAUUUAAAAAAAAAAAAAAAAAAAAAAAAAAAAAAACCAACUAAAAAAAACCUACAAAGGACAGAAAGAGUCAGUGGCGUGUGCCUCUGCAGCGUGUUUCUCCUGUACAUGGUGAGGCUGGGGGCCUGGCCUACCCUGCCCAUGCCCGCUGCCCACUGCAGACCCGCCUUGCUCCACCCCGCCUUGGCUUCUGUCCGUGUUCCUUUCUGUUAGGCCGGCCCGGCCCUCCAGUCUGGCACAGGCCGCAGGCGGGCAGCAGGAGGGCCGGUGGCAGGUUGGAUGCAUGCCUUCGCCGCGGGAGUGCACCGCUCUGGGUCUCCCCUGCCGCCCUCAUGUAUAAAUUUUAGUGCUUCUGUUACAUUAAAACGCCACCACAGGCUGGGAUUCCAGACAUAAGACAAAAGCAAACACCUGUAACAGCAAGAGCCACGCGGUUCAGCGGGAAGGGGCUUAUCCAGGAGACAGAGGGUACGAAAGCAAUACCUCUCGUUAGCCUUCCUCUUUUGUACUUCAGACACACGCGGACUCACGCAGACGUCCCGGGAGUGGACAAGCCCCAGCCAGUGUAUCCCUGUCAAAUAACUGUGAGCAACUUCAGUUCCGGAACAAUAAAUUCCUUCC